AUGACGACAGUUCGUACAAUGAUUGCAGUUGCAUCCGUCCGACAGUGGAAGAUCUUUCAAAUGGAUGUCAAGAAUGCCUUUUUGAAUGGUGACCUCCAUGAAGAGGUUUAUAUGACUCCUCCCCCAGGUAUUCAACACCGGCCGGGUGAGGUUUGUCGGCUUCGCAAAGCUUUGUAUGGGCUCAAGCAAGCCCCUCGUGCUUGGUUUGAGAAAUUCUCUACUGUGAUUACCUCUCUUGGAUUUGUCCAGAGUAAUCACGAUUUUGCUCUAUUUGUUAGAUGCUCAAGUGCGGGACGGAUUCUUCUGUCCUUAUAUGUGGAUGACAUGAUUAUUACAGGUGAUGACCAUGGUGGUAUUGAGUCUUUGAAGCAUGAUCUCGCUCAUCGAUUUGCUAUGAAGGAUUUGGGUUUGCUGCGUUAUUUCUUGGGUAUUGAGGUUGCUCAGUAUAAGAAAGGGUACCUUCUUUCUCAGACUAAAUAUAUAUCUAACUUGUUUACACGGGCGGGCCUCUCUGACAAUCGGAAUGUUGAUACUCCUCUUGAAACCAAUGCACAAUAUUCUCCUACUAAUGGUAUUCCUUUGUCCGAUCCGAAUCUUUAUCGCACUAUUGUGGGAAGUUUGGUUUAUCUCACAGUUACUCGUCCAGAUAUUGCUCAUGUUGUUCAUGUUGUCAGUCAGUUUGUUACUGCUCCUACCACUGUUCAUUGGGGAGCUGUUCUUCGUAUUCUGAGAUAUCUUCGUGGCACUCAGUUUCAGACUCUCUUGUUUCCCUCGACGUCUUCUCUUGAGUUACGUGCCUAUAGUGAUGUUGAUUGGGAUGGUGAUUGUCAUGAUCGUAAGUCCACCACUAGAUUUUGUGUAUUUCUUGGAGAGUCUCUCAUUUCAUGGAAGAGUAACAAACAGGAUGUUGUCUCUAGAUCUUCUACAGAGGCUGAAUAUCGUGCUAUGGCUGUAACUACAUGUGAGAUUAUCUGGUUACGGUGGCUGCUUGCAGAUAUGGGAGUUUACAUUUCUUCAUCUACUCCCUUGCAUUGUGAUAACAAAAGUGCGAUACAAAUUGCAAAGAAUUCUGUUUUUCAUGAGUGGACGAAGCACAUUGAGAUUGAUUGUCACUUUACCCGUCAUCACCUACAGCUCGGGACCAUUUUGCUUCCAUUUGUUUCAUCAACAUUGCAACUUGCAUAUAUUUUUACAAAGGCUUUAUCAGCUUCUCGAUUUCGGUUCUUAUGUGACAAACUCUCAAAGCUAAUUGUUGCGGCAUUGUGA